CAGGAUGUUGUUGAUUCAGAAGCAGCAUGGACGCCGCGCCGCGGGUUUUGUGCGUGGUUUAUUUGAGAUGAUAAAAAUUUAGGCGCUUAUUUUAUAAUAAAUAAGGCAAUAAUAUAAUAUUAGAUAUCAUAAAUUAUAUUUUUGUGCUGCUUGGAGAGAGACAAGAUGCCUCGCUAUGCGCAGCUUGUAAUGGGACCCGCUGGAAGCGGCAAGAGUACGUACUGCUCUACCAUGAUCCAGCAUGCUGAAGGCAUAAACCGCUCUGUACAGGUCGUGAACCUCGACCCAGCCGCAGAGCAUUUUAAUUAUCCGGUCAUGGCAGAUAUCCGAGAGUUGAUCCAGGUGGACGACGUGAUGGAGGAUGACUCGCUGAGGUUCGGCCCGAAUGGAGGCUUGGUUUUCUGCAUGGAAUACUUCGCUAGUAAUUUUGAUUGGUUGGAGGAAACUCUCGGGCAUGUUGAGGACGACUACAUACUUUUCGACUGCCCAGGUCAGAUCGAGCUGUACACUCAUCUUCCUGUGAUGAAGCAGUUAGUCGAGCAGCUCCAGCAGUGGGAGUUUCGUGUGUGUGGCGUCUUUUUGGUUGAUUCUCAGUUUAUGGUGGAGAGCUUCAAGUUCAUUUCUGGUGUCAUGGCAGCUUUGAGUGCGAUGGUGUCACUAGAAAUACCUCAGGUCAACAUCAUGACCAAAAUGGACCUGCUGAGUCCUAAAGCUAAGAAGGAGAUUGAGAAGUAUCUGGAUCCAGAUAUGUAUUCGAUGAUGGGGGACAGCUCUAUCAUGCUGAGGAGCAAAAAAUUCAUGAAACUCACCAAAGCAAUCUGUGGUUUGAUUGAUGACUACAGCAUGGUGCGUUUCCUGCCCUUUGAUCGCACUGAUGAUGAAGGCAUCAGCAUUGUGCUCCAGCACAUUGACUUCUCCAUACAGUACGGUGAGGACCUGGAGUUUAAGGAGCCCAAGGAGCUUGAUGAGGAACCUGGCAACCAAAAUUAUGAUGAGUUUUUCCAAGACCGAGUGGAUUCCUAAACCCCAGGAGCGCACGGCCACCAGAGAGCCCGGAUGUAAAGCGAGAAUGCUCAAGAAUUAUAUUGUUUUUAUGUCUGUCUGUAUAAUUAUGUAACCUAUUAUGCUUUUUGCUCAUGUAUUGGUUAUAGACAUAACAUACGACAUUCUAUAAGUUGUAAUGUAAAAUAUUUUUUCAAUAAAAUCUUUUGGAAAAACAA